UCAGGUAUGUUUACUUGAGGACGUGCAGACGUCAAAGCGCACACAACGUAUCCCGGCAUGCAGCAGGAGGCCGUGGAACGAUCCUGCAGCUGGUAGUGAGUUGCGAGAGCGCCGAGGAGGCAGCAGCAAACGGGCAACAUAGCUCACACAUUUCCCCACUCCAUGUGAGAUAAGCCGAGCCGUUACCUUACAGGCGACAGAAAAUAUGCUGUACGGACGCCUGACGUGUUCCCGAAGCGGCUUUUGAGUCAUCAUUGUCACCCGGUUUUCAUUUUGGAGGAUUCCUCCCUCCAUCCUCCGGAUCGCACCGAACAGGCAAUGACAACGGUCUCAGCAACCCCGCAGCAGAUGAGGGAACGGCUGCUGCAGGCCAUCGACAGUCAGAGCAAUAUAUGCAAUAUGGUGGUUGUACUGGAAGUAAUUGCCUGCCUUGAAAAGUAUCCUAUCACCAAAGAAGCACUUGAGGAAACUCGACUAGGAAAGUUGAUCAACGAUGUGAGGAAGAAGACGAAGGAUGAAGACCUGGCUAAACGAGCUAAGAAACUCUUGAGGAACUGGCAAAAGCUGAUUGAACCUGGGCCACCUGUGGCUGCAAGUGUUCCUGGCUCUACCAACGGCAGUUCUCAUCCCUGUAGAACCGAUGCCUCUCCUUCUGACAUUUCUGUGCCAGGGAAAGGUGUCCCUGAAGUCAAAAUCAGAAAUGACGUUCACAACACGUACUCACCAAAAGCUGAGAAAUCAAGCAGCCGCAAGCGGCGGGCAGAGCACAGAGACAGUGGAGUGUACUUGCAAGAAAAAAUCUCCAAAAUGUCCCCAUAUGAUAACUCUGUUUCAACACCACCCACCAAUGGGAUCGCAGGCAGUCCGGAUGCCCUCCCUGACCAGGAGGUUGUCCCGUCUCCUGACAGAUCUCGAGUUGAGCACCUUGAUAAUGAUAAAAUGAACAGAAUUCCUGUUAAUGCUGUCAAGCCUCGCCCCAGCUCUCCCGGGGUGGCCAAACUACCCAGCACUUCCUCUUUGAUUAAAGUUGCUGUGAUGCAGCAACAGGCCAGAUUGGAUGAAGGAGGCGGGGGCUAUUAUCAAGCCAGAAGUCCUCGUGGUCUCACUACCAGCCCAAGGAGUACGAAGCAAGAUACAAUGACCAAGCGCUCUUCAGCAUAUGCACCAAAAGGAACGCCGGUCCCAAGCCCUUCCUCCAGGGACUCUCCCUUAUCUUUUUCCCACACUGUGUCAUCCCCGGCCUCAUCUUAUGCUGACAAGCUGCCACAUUCUUCUAAUAGGUCUUCAAUGCACUGGGCCAGCAGUUCAGAAGCCUCCUCUCUUUGCCCAUCACAAGACAUAUCUGCAACACUGGAAUCCCCAUCAGUCUCCCCCUCACCUUCUCUCUCCCAGCAGAACUCAGAACCACACAGACAGAUGUCUGAGGGAGCUAUGGUUGUGUCUGAUGACGCAGAUGGGACAACGGUACCAAAUUCGGAACAUAAAAGGAGGAAGUACAGGUCUAGAGAUUACUCUGUCAACUUAGAUGGCCAGAAAAUGGAGGACACCACUAAACCCGUUCGGUUAAAAGAACGCAGAUUAACGUUUGACCCGGUCACAGGUCAGAUUAAACCUCUGGUGCAUAAAGAACCUUCUCAAACAGAUGAAGCACCCACUCCUGACCCCCCUGAGUCUAGGCAGAGAACUGAAAGCACUGUACAACAGUGCACUGCCACCACCGCAGUCCCAGGUCCUAGCCCUAACCCCUUCCACCACACAAACUGGAAGGAGCUGUCUAGAAAUGAAAUCAUCCAGUCCUACUUGAACCUUCAGAGCAAUGUCCUCAACUCCUCGGGGGUUCAGGCCCCUAGUGCACACUUUUUCAUGUCGGAAUAUCUGAAAAGGGAAGAACAGGAAAUUAAGGAGUCACGGAAGAUGCACGUUCUCCAAACGGACAAUUUGACAGGGGAUUUACCGGGCGUGAGCCGGGACGUGACAGAUGAGGACUUGGACAGGAUACACACACAGCACUGGCAGGGGGUGAAUGGCGUUUUUGACACCAAGGGCACCUGGUACGAUUGGACAGAUUGCAUAUCACUGGACCCUCACGGGGAUGAAAGCAAAUUGAACAUCCUGCCAUACGUUUGCCUAGACUGAGGGGGUACGGGAAGGUUGCAGUACUUUUCCACUCCUUUCCUCAUCUCGUCACAGAGACGAGAUACUUUGUGAUUUAAUUUUUUUUUGUUCACUGUGAGUUUGGCAAAAAUCAGGCCUGCUAAACUCCACUCCCCCAUGCCUCUUCCUCUUUCUGUGAUAAUCUAUUAAGAUUUUGGUAUAAAAGAAGUGUAAAAAUUAAAAGACUAGUUGAGUUUGUAAUAUCAAGGGCUGUUUCUGUUUUAUUUUUCAAACUGAAAGCCACAGGAAUUAGGCCCGUAUUGCAGAGUACUGCUGCUAACCAUAAAGGCAAAAAAAGAAGACAGAAUUAUCCCAGAUCCGCCAAACAGGUGUAACAAUGUGAGAUUUUUCUUUUUUAAAUGUUAUGAAUUGUACCCCUCUUUGAGGCACACUGGGAUGAUGCUGUUUUGUUUUUUUUUAACCUGUUUAGUUUCUAACAAGAAGUUUUGAACUAGGGUUAAACCUGAGGGAAGGCUGGGGUUUAGCUGUCCUGCACAGACCACCAUGUUGGUGCCCAGAAAGAUAUUGAUAAGAGUUCAUCUAGCACAGUUAGAGCCAAACAUGUCCAGGGUUUGAAGUUACUGGAACAUAUUUGGCAGUUACAAGAAGCUUUAUGUGAGAUAUAAAAGAGUAAAUUAUAAACUUCUUAUCAUAUAUACAUCUAUUUAUUUUUGACCAGUUCAUUUAUGGGAUGUUCAUCAAAACAAAUGUUUAAAAAAAAAAGACGACAACAACUAUAGAUUCUUUUUGUUUUCUCUUCUGUUUGCGUCACUGUGCUCUCAGCUGAAUCUUAAAUGUUAAAGGAGGCCCACGUGCCGUCCUUUCUUUAAGACUGGCCGGUGCAGAUUUGUUUAGUUGUUUUGGUUAUUUACAUUCCAGACUCCACCCUUCAACCAACUUCCGCUCUCUCUGUCUCGUCUCAUCAGCUCAGCUCCUAAAAGGUUCCAGGUCAUGAAGAUUCUUCUGGAAAUGUAACUGUUUCAAAUCAAAGUAGUGUGGUGCUAAUGCAAAAAGGAAAAAAACAUAGUGCAGUCAAAUGUUUCCAUCCACUAAUUCUCUCUGAAAUAUUAAAGAAUGUCCCAGCUGCUGGUGUUGUUCAGUGACAAAAGCAAGGACAUGUUUGAAUGCUGGAACUUUUUCUGUUUCUUUAGAUAUCGUUUGCCUUCUGAAAUUCCUUGCUAAUAUAUUUUUUUUCUGAGUUUAUACCGCCUUAGUGAAUGUACAGAAUUGAGACCUCUUAUGCACUUGUACAUAAGUUGACGACUUGCUGGUCAUUUUCUUUACUGAUUCAUUCAUUCGAGUGUGAACUGACUGAUUCUCCCACAAUGUGCCCAUGGAUUAAUACGAAUUUCAGACACAUUUACGGCUCUUGAAGCUGCUUUUUCAAGGCUUUAGAAAUCAUUUAAGUUGCAGAUUGAGGGUGGCAUUUCUUUUGCUCCCAUUCAAAAUAGUGAUUCAAACAUUUAAGAGAGAAAUACAGAUCGUCUGCUGUGCGCAUCAGAUCUUCUUGGCGUUUUCCAUGUGACAGUACUUCAGUUCAACUCCCUUUUUGAUCGCUACCACAAUUCUCAUAUGAUUUAACUGAAGAUUGGCUUCUGUGCAGCCUCUCUGUCCAUGCAUUCUUUUUGGUCAUUCAUUCCUACCUACCAAUGUGCCUUGGUUUAAAAACAAAAUGGUAAAUCUGGAUUUGCUUCCGCCUAAAACACGCCUGCCUGGAGCUGGAUUUGUACGUAAGAAUCCCAAAUCCCCACGAUCAAUCUGACGCUGGUAUAUGCACCGUUUUCUGUUACUUUUUCUACGCGCUGAUCUAGUGAGGGGGUGAAGCUGCAGACAACGAGAAACUGCACAUCGUCAUCAACAACACCGCUGGCAAUAAUGGAAAAGUGCUACAACUGGUUGAAAAGAAUCUGUUUUUUUCUGGAGUUUUGACGGGGGCAUCUUUAUUUGUUCAGUGUUUAACAUCUCUCAGUUGUUUGAAAAAUAAAAAGAUCUAAAUCUUG